AUGAAUUACGAAUUUGGGCGAGAAAGUGGUUUUAUCAACAGCCAGCCGUCGCUCGCUGAGUGUCUGACAUCUUUCACUAACCCUGUCGGUGAUGCAUUUCAAAGUUCAUCAAUCAAGAGCUCAGCGCUUUCACAGUCGACACUGAUUCCUCCUCCUUUUGAGCAGACCAUCCCCGGCCUGAACCCGAGCGUCCACCCACGCCACAGCCGCUCCAAGCAGGCUCAGAAGGGCUUCAGCCCGCUACAGGCUGUGUCCCUACCCCCGGAGUACCCGUGGAUGAAGGAGAAAAAAAGCAUCAAGAGGAACCAGGCUGCUUCUGCUUCUUCAUCUUCUUCUGCUCCUGCUGCUGCUACUGCUGCGACGACGGAUGACUCCUCGCCACUCUACUUCUCCCCCCAAGAGAUUGGUGCUGGCGAUGGAGGGUCAUCAAGGAGGCUGAGGACUGCGUACACCAACACACAACUUCUGGAGCUGGAGAAGGAGUUUCAUUUUAACAAAUACCUGUGCAGACCGAGGCGAGUGGAAAUAGCUGCUUUGCUGGAUUUAACGGAGAAGCAGGUGAAAGUGUGGUUUCAGAACAGGCGGAUGAAGCACAAGAGGCAGACUCACAGCAAGGAGAACAGGGACAGCGAGGGGAAAUACGCCUGCCUGGAUGACGGGCCGGAGGACGAGUUGGAGCAGGCUACAGAGGGCAGCGCCACCGGGACGCUCUUUGAGAGGGAGAGGUAUUUCCACCAGAAUACCUUGACUUCACAACACUGUCAGAACGCACACAAUGGGGAGAGCCAAAGCCCAACUGUUACCCCUCUGAGCAGCAAUGAGAAAAAUCUGAAACAUUUUCCAAACCCGUCAGCCAUUGUGCCCAUCUGCGUGUCCACAAUAGGCCCGAACAAUGACGAUUCCCCGGACCUGGACGCCUCAUUUCGGGAUUUCCAAGUUUUCUCAUCCUCGCCCUCUUUCUCACCGAGUUUGUCAGAAUCAGCUCAAAGUCCCCUGCCUUUACCCUGCGAGACUUUCGACCUCUUCUCAGAAACACUCACAACAAUCGACCUGCAAAACCUGAGUUAUUGA